AUGAGUCUACGUGAUUGGCACAGAGUUUUGCAUAUAUACGCUAAGGAAUUCAGUACCUCAAAAGCAAUGGCUAAAAGCAAGUACGAAUAUGUGCGAUCAUUUGAGUUUGAAGACAGAUGUUUACAGAAUUGUUGGAUUGUUGUGCGGUUGGAUGGUCGUUCGUUUCAUAGGUUUACAUCCUCACACAAAUUUGAAAAACCAAAUGAUAAAAGAGCUUUAGAAUUAAUGAACAGAUCUGCUGCAGCAGUUAUGGAAGAAUUCAGAGAUGUGUCAUUAGCUUAUGGACAGAGUGAUGAAUAUAGUUUUAUUCUCAGAAAAAAUACAGAUCUUUACAAUAGACGGCAGUCAAAAAUUAUGUCAGCGAUUAACAGCAUAUUUUCUUCAUCAUAUGUAUACUAUUGGAAUACAUAUUUUGAAGAUAAAAAACUUUUAUAUCCACCAUCAUUUGAUGCUCGAAUUGUUUUAUAUCCAACUGAUCAAAAUUUACGUGAUUACCUAAGUUGGCGUCAAGCAGAUACCCAUAUAAAUAAUUUGUACAACACAGCAUUUUGGGGGCUUAUUUCAAUGAAAGGAUUAUCAAAUAAUGAGGCUGAAAAAGUAUUGAGUGGGACAGUGUCGUCAGAAAAAAAUGAAAUAUUAUUUAAAGAGUGUGGAACUAAUUAUAAUAAUGAGUUACCAAUUUAUAGAAAAGGUACAGUGUUAGUAAGAAAACUUGUAAAUUUACCUCCAUCUAAAUCCAAGAAACAUGUCAUAUGUCCAUUACAUGUAGAUAUUAUAGGUGAUAGUUUCUGGGAAGAAUAUAAUGAAAUAUUAAAUUCAAAGGAUGUAAUAUUAAAUAAAGACUUUAAGCCAGAUGAUAUUUUUUACUUGGUAAAACGUUCUUGA